AUGGCGACUCUACUUCCCCGUCCUUUAGGUCUUGCCCAAACUCUUCUAUUGAAAAAUGGAAGUAAGCUAUUGGUUGCAUCUCUAAAUCAUCCUAGUCAACAACAAGUCCGUAACUUGAAUGUCCAUGAGUACAUAAGCUACACAUUGUUGCGUGAUCAUGGCAUUCCUGUACCCAAGUUCCAUGUGGCUACCACACCUGAAGAAGUUGUCAAGUUUGCUACAGAGCUCAACACUAAAGACAUUGUGCUCAAAGCUCAGGUACUUGCUGGAGGCAGAGGAAAGGGCUACUUCAAAAGUGGCCUACAGGGUGGAGUCAAAAUGGUUGAUUCACCUGAAACUGCUGGCAAGUUAGCAAGCAAAAUGCUCAACCAGCUUUUAGUUACGAAACAGACUGGUGCUGCGGGCCGCAUCUGCAACAAGGUCAUGGUGACGGAACGCAAGUUCCCACGUAGAGAAUUCUACAUCGCCAUCAUGAUGGAACGCAGCUUUAAUGGUCCUGUCAUUAUUGCAUCAUCUCAAGGUGGUGUUAACAUCGAGGAUGUUGCGGCUACAAACCCUGAAGCCAUCACUUAUGAACCUAUUGAUAUCAAACUUGGUAUUCAAGAUGAACAGAUCACACGUGUUUUGCAAAAGAUUGGUUUAGAAACUGCGGAAGCACAUGAUAUGGUAAAAAGGAUGUAUGAUCUUUUCCUGAAGAAAGAUGCGCUUCUGAUUGAGGUGAACCCUUAUGCUGAAGAUGCUAUUACUGGCAAAUUCUUCUGCUUGGAUGCUAAGUUCCGAUUCGACGACAAUGCAGACUACAGACAAAAAGAACUGUUCAGUUUGAGAGAUCUGACACAAGAAGAUCCCAAGGAAGUUAAAGCCGCUAAAUACAACUUGAACUACAUUGCACUAGAUGGUACUAUUGGGUGCAUGGUAAAUGGUGCUGGGUUAGCCAUGGCUACAAUGGACAUUAUCAAGUUGCAUGGCGGCGACCCAGCUAACUUCUUAGACGUCGGUGGUGGCGCUACCGCGCAAGCUGUAGCGGAAGCUUUCAGCAUCAUCCUGUUGGAUCCAGGUGUGACGGCUAUCCUUGUGAACAUCUUCGGAGGUAUCAUGAGGUGUGACGUCAUUGCCGAGGGUAUUGUGACGGCUGCCAAGAACCUUAACAUCCAACUGCCCGUCAUUGUCCGUCUCCAGGGUACAAAAGUGAAUGAGGCGAGAAAACUGAUCGCCGAAUCAGGACUCCGUCUGGUGCCACGCGAUGACCUCGACGAAGCUGCACAGCUUGUGGUACAGCUCGCCGAAAUUGUGACGCUCGCCAAGAAAGCUGGAGUUGAGGUGAAAUUUGACAUCCCUAAGUAUAUGUUGGAGAAGUAA